UGCUUCAUAGGGGCCCCCUUCUUCCCCUCAGGGCCCCCUCUAAGCUUUAUGGGGGCCCCCCUCCGCUUUAUGGGGGCCCCCCUCCGCUUCAUGGGGGCCCCCCUCUGCUUCAGGGGGGCCCCCCUGUGCCCUGUGGGGGCCCCCGUUUGCUGUGGGGGGGCCCCCGUUUGCUGUGGGGGGGCCCCCGUUUGCUGCGGGGCCCCUCACCCCACAGCGCUGCUGCUGCUUUAGGCGGGGGCCCCCAUGAGGGGGAUGGGGGGCCCCCUGAGAUUCCUGAUAUGUUUGAUGUAGCAGACGACUUAGACUUGCAGCGCGAAGCUGCACAUAAAGAAAUUUUAACUCUUAUUGAAGAAGAAGAAGACAGGAGGCAAGCACAGCGCCACGCAGGGCGUGCUGCUCAGCCACUUGCAGCAGCAAACAUCAGCAGCAGCAGCAGCAGCAACAGCAGCAGCAGCAAAAGAGCUACAGUGGGAGAUCGGCUCUGGCCUUUGAGCUCUUCUCAAGAUCCUGCUGCUGAAUUGUUGUCUCUCUUUGAACCCCCUGAUGCUGCUGCCGCUGCUGCAGCAGGUGGUUCUGCUGCUGCUGCUGCUGCUGCUGCACCAACAGGUUCUGGUGCUGUUGCAGCAGCAGCAGUACCUGUCGCAGCUGCAGAUACUGCCUAUUCUUUGAGUAGCAAUAAAAUAAAGCAAAGGGAAGCAGACAGCAGCAGCAGCAUUACAGGGGCCCCCACUGCGGCGCAGAAUCUGCUGCAUGGGGGCCUCUCUCUUGCUGCUGCAGCAAAGGUGCUGCAGCGCCUCGUUGCUGCUACUCCUUUGCGUGGAGAGCAUCUAAGACAAGACCCUCGCUUUAGCAGCUUAUUAGCUGUUAUAGACUGGGGCAUGCAGCAGCAAGUGCUACUCAUGGCCAGCAGCAGCAGCAGCACCAGCAGCAACAGCAGCAGCAACAGCAGCAGCAACAUGGGCACUACCACCGUCAACAGCAGCAGCAGCAACAACAGCAGCAGGGUCAGCGUAUCUGACUUGUGCAGUGUUGCUGCUUCUCUGGCUUCUCUAAAGCUGCGGUGGGGCAUAGACAAUUUGCUGCGCUCUUUGGUGCUGCUGGGGAUUAAGAGAGCAGCAGACUUCAACCUGAAGGAAGCAGCAGCCUUCCUGCUGCACCUUGCUGCAGCAGCAACACCAACUUAUAACCCAAUACAAAAGACAAUACUUCACAAAUUCAGACCCCCUCUCGCUGCAGCCUUUCGUCGAGCUGUUGUUGCUGCUGCUGCUGCUUCUGGCAGCAGCAGCAGCAGCAGCAGCAGCAACAGCGUCAGCAUCAGCAACAACAGCAGCAGCAGCAGCAGCAGCAGCGUGGAGAAGGACAGGUAUUCAGCUUUUGAGUUGUGCCGAUUGCUGCUGCUGCUGCUGCCUCUUUUUUUGUCUUUCGAUUUGCUUGGAGAUGAACUGCCGCACUGUCUGCAGCUGCUGCUCACUAACGGCCCCUGGAAGGCAGCAGCAGCAGCAGCAGCAGCAGCAACAGGAGCAGCAGCAGCAGCAACAGCAGCUGAAGCAAAUGCAGCAACAGAUGAAGUAGCUGCAACAACAACAGCUGGAGCAGCGGUAGCUGAACCCACAACAGCAGCAGCAGAAGCAACAGAAGCAGCAGCAGCAGAUGCAACAGAAACAGCAGCAGCAGAAGCAGCAGCAGCAGCACUAGCAGGGGCCAUCAGACCCGGGGAGCUUGCUGCAGCAGCAGCAGCUGCUGCUGCUUCACCGCAGCUGGAGCAAAACAAGAGCCUAUGGAAGCAUUUAAAAGAAGCAGCAAUAAAACUCAGCAAAACCCUAAACCCUAGAGAAGCAAUCACCUUCUGCACAACCCUCAACCAAGUAGAAGAAGAAUAUACACAAGUGCUGCUGAGCGUUAGGCAGCAGCUGCAGCAGCAGCUGCCGCUGCUGCCUUCUUCAAGUGUACGUGCUGCUGCUGCUCUUGCUGCUGCAGCUUCACAGAGACACCCCGAGAUGCAGCAGCUGCUGCAGCUGCUGCAGCAGCAGCUGCGGGCAAGAGCAGCAAACGAAUGA